AUGUCUAAGCCUAGGAAAAAGCCAACAUUGUCGUCCUCGUCCCACCAUCGUCUCUCUGACGACGUCGUAUUCGAUAUCCUGACUCGGCUGCCAGUGAAACCCAUAAUCCGAUUCAGGUGCGUUUCUAAAUCUUUGAACUCAACCAUCACCGACCCCAUUUUCAUCAACGCACACUUCAACCUCAACAAAGCUAAAUCUUUGUCCAACAACAACAAUGGUUACCUACUAUGUAAGACACAACCAGUGCCCACUUCGCCUGAGGCUGACUUGUGCACGGUCGUUUGCAAUAAUGACCACACAUUGACAGAAAUUUCUAGGUUCAAAAUCCCAUUUGAUCCUUUCUACAUUAUUGGCUUCUUCAAUGGCAUAUUCUGCCUCACUGCUCUGGAUGAGGACCGUGAUUCUUUGUGCACUAAAUAUUUUGGGUAUAAUUGCAUGACGUGUUUGUGGAACCCAAGCAUUAGAAAGUUUAAGAUGCUUCAAGCGAACAACCAUUUCGAUACUAUCGGUUAUGGAUUUGCGUAUCAUUGUCAAAACAAUGACCUCAAGGUUUUGAGAUUUUUGCGUCUUGUACAUAAAGGUCCCUUGUGGUGGUCCUUUCAGGCCGAGGUUUACACAUUGAGUACCGAUUCGUGGAGAUUGGUGGAGCCACUUAAUGGGUUGAUAAAAUCUGUUUGGAGGAUUGAAUCAAAUGGUUUGUUUUUUAAUGGAGCUCUGCACUAUAUAGUAUACACUCGCCACAACAAUUUCCUCAAGAAAAUCAUUUUGUGCUUUGAUGUCAAUGAUGAGAAAUUCCGGGAGAUACUACUGCCGCAGAAUUACGCAGUUAAGUUAUCUCCAAGUUUUGAUCAACUUGCGGUACUCAAGGGAUCACUGGCUUUGAUCAAUUUUGGCGAAUGUGCAGGUGAAGACAAUGAGUUGCACGAAAUAUGGGUGAUGAGGGAUUAUGGUGUUGCUGAAUCUUGGACUCAAAAAGUUGUACCGUUGUUGAAUUUUAAGAGCAUCUUUGGCUGCAUGGGCAGUGAUGAACUUAUGAUUUCGAGUGUCAGGCCAUUUUCUUCUGAUCGAUUCUUUUUAUUUGACCUCGAGAGUUUAAAUGAGAACAAUCUUAGAAUUGAAGAUCUUGGAAUUGAAAAUAUUUCACUGGAGCAUUACACAACUAAUCUCACGGAGAGCUUAGUUUUACUCGAUGAUUAA